CCAUCAACCAGAUAGAUACCAGUUGUUCAGCAAGACUUCACAAUGGGCGAGUAACAGAUACGAAGGCCUGGAAAUCCAAAAAUGGACAUCAAACCUAAGUCAAAGAUUUCAGCAUCAAGGAAACUUUCUCUAAAGAUAAUGCUUCUUAACAGAGCAAUGGAGGAUUUGGAAAACGAGAAACAGGACAGGGAUGAAGAGAAAAAUCGCUACCUCACAGAAAAACACCCUUCUUUGCAGUUUUCUGGACUCUCUCUGGAGGAGUUACAGAAUCUGUGUAAGCAGCUCUACGCAAAAAUCGAUGUAGUAGAUGCGGAGAGGUACGGCUAUGAGGAUAAAGUCAUCAAGCACAACAAAGAUAUCAAUGAACUUAAGCUGAAAGUUCAGGAUCUAGGGGGGAAGUUCAAGAAACCCGCCCUGAGGAAGGUGCGCGUGUCUGCGGAUGAGAUGAUGAGGGCUUUGCUGGGCUCCAAACACAAAGGCUCCAUGGACCUCCGUGCAAAUCUGAAGUCGGUCAAGAAGGAGGAUAUAAAGCAAGAAAAGGUCUUGACCAGUGAAGUAGGUGACUGGCGUAAGAAUGUGGAAGCCAUGUCUGGCAUGGAGGGAAGAAAGAAGAUGUUCGAUGCUUAAAAGACGUCUAAUUGCUGUCCAAACACAGCUCUAGAGUAUAGGCUAAAACGAGGCACAAUUUGGGAUGUCAGUGAAAAUGUAAUAGAGGUCUAACCAUAGCCCAAGAAUAGAUGCACAGGCUACGCAUUAAACAUGUCAAAGAAAUGAAACCA